AUGGGUGAACGUAAGGGACAGAAUUUCUAUUAUCCGCCGGAUUUUGAUUAUAAAAAACACAAAAGUUUAAACAGUUAUCAUGGGACACAUGCACUGCGAGAACGAGCUGCCAAAAUCAAACAAGGGAUUCUUAUUAUACGUUUUGAAAUGCCAUUCAAUAUUUGGUGCCUUGGUUGCAACAACCAUGUUGGGAUGGGUGUACGAUAUAAUGCUGAAAAGAAAAAAAUCGGAAUGUAUUAUACAACACCAUUAUAUGAGUUUCGUAUGAAGUGUCACCUAUGUGACAACUAUUUCGUCAUACGCACUGAUCCUGAGCACUUUGAUUAUGAACUUGUGGAAGGCUGUCGUCGACAGGAGAAACGGUAUGAUCCAUCUACCAUCGAUCAGCUUGGAGCUGUUGAUCGAGGUUUUAGUAGACAGUUGGAAAGUGAUCGAAUGUUUCAGGUUGAACAUGUAGAACAGGAUAAAAAGAAGGCUGCAAGUUUAGCCGAUAAAGUUGUUAAAUUGGAAUGGAUUCAGGGAAGAAUGCAGGAUGAUUUUGCUGCUAAUCAAGCUUUGAGAAAGUCAUUCAAACUUGAAAAAGCUGCUUUGAACGAAGGAAGAGUCAGAGAUGAAGACUUGCUAAAGAGGAUGUCUUUGAACAUCAAUCUAGUAUCAGAAAACAACGCUACUGUCUUAUAUUUAUUGUACUACUUUUUAGUUCCUGAAGAACAACUUGAAUCAAAGCGUAAGGCAAUAUUGAAUAAGCCUAUAUUUUCAAGUUGUCAACCGUCAACUUCGGCAAAGAAUGAUAUAACGCAAAAGCAAUUGUUGUCUAUGAAACUUCAUAGAAAUGAAUGCAAUGCAUUUAACAGUGUAUUAUCUGUACAGAGCGGACAGGAGCAAAUAACAGCCGAGAAUCUUGGUAUUGUCAAAAGAUUAAAAUACGAAAAUGAACACGAUGAAGUAGAUGUUCCGAACAAGGGGAAUCUAGAUGAUGUCAAGCCUAAAUGUGAAGAAUUGCUAUAUCCUGACGAGAUGAAUUUAUCGAACAUCAAGGUUGGGUUUGUUUCUGUUGUGAAGUCGGAUGUAUACAGUAAAUCUUCAGCAUUAGUGGCAGAUUACGGUGGCGAUAGCUCAUCAGAUAGCGCUGAUUAG